AUGGUUCCGAAACUUGUUCAAUCAGUUGCGCUACAGUGCGCUUUCCAACCCUUACCGGAGGCCAACCACCAGGAAAAGGGGGUGGGGAAUGGGGGUAAGGGGGUGAGAGACUUGAAACCGCUCUACCUGUUAGAUGAAGCUCUUCCGAUGACGUCAUCUCUUCCGGCAGGCGUAAGCUUGGUUUAUGACGUCAGCAGUCACGUGCACGCCUACACAUUUACGUCACAAGUCGGUGUCAUUUCCUUCCCCUCAUCUCGGAUAUUUACUAAGUGUGAAUAUUUCCCAGAGGAAUUUUCCAUAUUUGUGACUCUCCGUUACGACAAUGUGCCGCAUCGCGAAGAGUGUGUGUUUGCGCUCACGAACUCCACAACUGCUAAACCGAUAGUGUCUUUAAAAAUUCGACCGCAGAGGAUACGAUUUCGGUACAUGGACGCUGUUUUGAGGUUCCGAACUCAUAAUUUAUUCGAUGGCGGUUGGCACACUUUGGGAUUAAGUGUCAGCGGGAAAACCGCCACUAUUACAACAGACUGUCGGAAAUUACAAAAGAGGAAACUGAAACGGAACUUUCCGACGUUUUUAAAAACAACGGACACGGACUUCUAUAUAGGCAGCUGUUCAAAUCAGAGCCAAUCAUUUACGGCUUUGUUGAAACAACUUUUUAUUCUUCCCGGAGCUGACGUCACUGUCCGCGCAUGCUCAAAGCUGAUAUCCGGUCAUGCCGAAAUGGACAAUACUAUUCCGAUUGUACCUGGACAAAAAAGAUUGCCUUCAUCAUUUCCGGAUCACGUGACUUGCACUUGGAAAGACGUAGGAAACCUGGCGUACGACUUUCGACAGAAAGCGCUGAAAAUUUGCGUGAAUGGGUUGUGGCAGUUAGUACCCUUUACGGAUGGUAAGAAAUCGUCUUGAUGAAUGGUCUCACGGAAACGCCUGGAUUACGUCAAUUGGUAUCAAGAUCUUGACACGCCUGCGCCAUCCAUCGACGUGGAAGUGUUUUCCAUCCCAGGGGAGGGAACUUUUGCUGCACUUGCCAACACGGAUUCCGAGAACUCCGAGGAGGGAAUGUCCGUGGUUUACAAAUGGGUGGAUAACAAGAUGGCAUUUUUUCAAGACAUUCCGUCAAAAACAGCUCAGAGCGUCUGUCAUUUCAUCAUCGGUAGCCAGUUUUUCCUUGCAGUGGCCAACUACGGAAGCGGAAGUGGUGAAGGAACAGAAUCCACUAUUUUUAAAUGGCAUCGCCGGAAGCGGAAGUUCGUCGCUUUCCAGUCAAUAUUAACGUGGACAGCACGAGAUUUCGAGCACUUCCGGAUUGAUGGAGAACAUUAUCUAGCUGUGGCAAACUAUGCUAAAGAUAACAACCCUCACACCGACUCCAUCGUCUACAAAUGGAACACCAUCAGUCGGAAGUUUGAACAACAUCAGACUAUCCCCACCAUCGGUGCUUACGACUGGACCCACUUUACGGUAGACCAGUUCCACUUUCUGGCAGUCGCGAACGCCUUCGACGGGUUGUCGACCCGUAUUUUCUCUGCCAUCUAUUUUUGGCAGAUGGAGCGCUUUGUGCAGUUCCAGACCAUGGAGACGACGGGAGCGACGGAUUUCGAACAUUUCACCAUAGGAGAUGAUAUUUUCUUGGCUGUGGCGAAUGCCUACAAUUACGGCCCUCAGAAUUUCCAGAACAUUGAUACGUACUACACCAACUCUACCAUCUUCAUGCUAAACAAGCAGAAAAGGCAGUUCGAGAAGAUACAAAGCAUCCCAACAUUUAGUGCUAUAGAUUGGGAGUUUUUCCACGUGGGAGACGAGAAUUACCUGAUCGUGUCGAACGCCCAAAAUGGCGGACCGGAGGAAAGGCAUAAAAGUAUUCUAUACAAAUGGCAGGGAAUUGAGAAAUUCGUCCCCGUUCACAAACUUCCCACCCUCCCCUCCACGGACUGGGAAGUGUUCACAGAUAACGGGGAAACCUACCUCAUUUACGCCAACGCGAAAGCCUCUCAGUCACAGAUACUGAAAGUGAAACUAGUAUAAUGUCACGUGACCUUAGUUCCUUUGUUUUUGUUUCUGGCUUUAUUCCACCUCAUUUUUUUUACUGUGUUCAAGUUUUUGCACAUUCGAAAUCUCAGGAACACCGUGCUAAGCAAAACAAAUUUAAAACUUACACUCGCAGCCAGCGGACGCUUAUGAACUAUAUUAAAUAAUAUGGAUGA